AUGUCGCGCAAAGCAGUCCUGACAUUCUUCUCGCUUUGGAACCAAGCAGUGGGGGCGCUUUUGGUGAGGCACAAACCUCAUGUCUUUCACUGUCCUGACUUUCAUUCUGCAGUGGCGCCUUGGUAUGCGAUAAAUGGGCAUCCCAGCUUGAAAGUGUUGCUCGUCUUGCACAAUGCGGAGUACCAGGGUACCAUCAGCACAGACAUGAUUCUGGGCCGUCGACUGGAGACUUUAGCGUACGUUUUCAAUUUGCCGAAGCACAUCGUUGCAGAGCAUUUGCUGUUGGAUGGUCGAUUCAAUAUGCUCAAGUCUGCAGUUGAUUUUAUUUGCAGUCGGCAAAAUGGUUUUGGCGCUUGCGCAGUCUCCCACUGGUAUGCUGCUGAAUGCCACUCUGCCUACUCCGUCUUGUGGGAGUUGCCAGUUGUACAUGGCCUGGACAAUCCAAUGUUGGAAGAAGAACGGGUUCACCUUGAAGGCGAUUUGGCAUCUGUGAAAGCUGAUGCAAAGAAGAGGAUUCAGCAGAGGCUUGGCCUUGAGGUGAACCCCAAUGCUCGCCUUUUUGUUUCCCUGGGUCGACUAGUGAGGCAGAAAGGAGUGGAUUUGAUAGCUGAUGUUGCCGAUUGGCUUUUAUCAAAUUUUGCCGAUGCUCAGCUAAUUCUCGUUGGUCCUGUGGGCGAUGGAUUCGGGCACUAUGCAGCAACAAAGCUGGAAGCGAUGAAAGAGAAUGGACGGCACGCUGGCCGCCUGCAUGUUCACAUCCAGUUUAUGCGAGACAAGGAUGUCCUCAAGGAUAUGAAGUUAGGUGCAGACUUUUGUUUGAUGCCAUCACGAGAUGAGCCCUUUGGUUACGUUGACAUUGAGUUUGCGUGGCAUGGGGCAUUGUUGGUCGGGGCACAAGCAGGAGGUUUGGGCAAGGUUCCUGGAUUUUACUUCUUGGCACAAAAUCGAGAGAACUUGGAUCGUUUGCGCAGAGAGUUACGCACGGCAGUGUCAUUCCCUCAGAUAAUACACUGCUGGCAUGUCUUGACUGGAACUAGUUUGUUGAUCCGUAUGCUUUGUAUGAGUUCUUGA